GUGCGUGCGUGCGUGCGUGCAGAGCCAAACACACACAGACCAGGACCACACCGACCGGUCUGUCUCCUUAAGAUGCUGGAAUAACGGCGAGAAACGAGCAUCUUUCGAUUGUAAAUCGUGACCAGCUCACUUACUGUCACCAAAAUGUCUGGAAAAAUAGACAGUAAGCAAGAAUCCCAGCGUUCUCACUUGACAUCAUUUACAAUGAAACUAAAGGACAAAUUCCACUCUCCCAAAAUCAAGCGGACACCAUCAAACAAAAAGUCCAAACCACCACCAGAACAGCCCGUGAAGUCCCCAGAGAAGACUGUGACCAAGAGUCUGAGUCGAUUAGAGGAGCAUGAGAAAGAAGUGGUCAGCGCUUUGCGGUACUUCAAAACGAUUAUCGACAAGAUGGCAGUGGACAAGAAGGUCUUGGAAAUGCUUCCUGGUUCUGCUAGCAAAGUUCUGGAGGCCAUCAUGGGCUUGGUACAUCUUGAUGGCAAGAUACUGAGCAGUUCAAAAGUGUCCUCCUGUCUCAGUCGACUCUAUCAAAGUCUUGCAAACCUCAUUCGCUGGUCGGACCAAGUGAUGCUGGAGGGGGUGAAUUUGGAAGAUAAAGAAACAGUUACAACUGUCACCACUGUGAUCAAAGCAGUGCUGGAUGGUGUGAAGGAGCUGGUUAAAGUCGCCAUUGAGAAACAGGAGCACCCCUCCCCUACGACACCUGUCAAAAUCUUGCCUCCUGUCGCCAGUCCACAACGUGUUCCAGAGCCCCCUGUCGUUGAGUCGAAAGAAACCGUCUUGAAUGAUACUCCUACCCCUGCCGAGGUCACAGAGACCCCAAAUAAUGUCCCUGAUGAGGAAGUGGCCCCUCCUAAACCGCCUCUACCAGGACUCAAAGUGCCUGAACAUUGUCCACCGGCUCUUCCGCCAAAGAAGCGUCAGUCGGCACCGUCUCCCACAAGAAUUGCUGUGGUUGCGCCAAUGAGUCGUACCACAAGUGGAUCAAGUCUUCCUAUUGGUUUCUGUCGACAGGAAUAUGAGGCAGAUGCCUUACAGAGGCGUUUUUCAGGAGGCAGUCACUCCUAUGGAGGAGAAUCACCACGACUGUCCCCAUGUGGCAGCAUCGGCAUAUUGAGCAAGUCAGAUGAACAGCUGUCAUCUUUGGAGCAGGACAGCGGACAGUGCUCUCGUAACACCAGCUGUGAGACUUUAGACACAGCGGAGAGCUACGACCCAGACUAUGACUUCCUGCAUCAGGACCUGUCUAGCAUCGACCAGAUCCCUCCUGCACACACAGGGGGUUGUCUGAGCCCACUCCCAGAGUCUCACAAUGAAUCAUCCUCCUUCCCUGUUCAGCUUCAAUCGAUACCGCCUGCUCUCCCGAAGAAGGAACGGCGGCCCCCUCCGCCUCAGGUGGAACGAUUGUACUCUCAAUAUGACAAUGUUCCUGAUGAGGACAUGCAGACCCCACCAUUCCCCCUAUUUCCUUCAAUGUCACCCUCGAACCCUAGAGAAUUUAUGGGACACUUUGGCCCUGCUGAGAACGCACACAUCCCUCAGAGCCCUCCACCCCUGCCGGAGAAGAAGAGUCGCCAUAUUCUGAAGUACAUGCAGUUUAUGGAGGACUAUUCUGAGCCGCUGCCUUCCGUUUUCUACCAGACACCUCAGAGCGAAAGCAUUUACGAGCAGCGCAAUAGGAAGCGUUUUCAGGAAGUGUACGGUCUCAGUGACUCUUUCAGCAGCAGCGACGAGACCCUCCCUCCGCCAGCGCUGCCACCCAAACAGAGACAACUGGCUUCCUCACACUCUGCGUCUCCUUCCUCCUCCUCUUCCUCCUCUCUGUCAUGUCAGCUGCAGCAGUGUGCGUCUGGGCCUGGCCCUGCUGAGACAGAAACUGCUCUCAGCCUUUCCGCAUCUAACUCCUCUCUGAACCGCCAGGGCUCCCUGCCUGUCCCUACGAGUGAAAGUGCUAAUGAUGAAGGUGGGGAGGGUGAAUACGUCAAUCUGUAUUCAUCCAACCAAGCCAAUGGAGAUGUGACUCUCUCCAAUGGAGACUCUUCUUGUGGUGCCGAGGACUCACUCCAGGACUCGGCUUCAGAACACAGCAAAGAUCCAGCUGACAGAGAGGGCUGGAAGCAGAAGUGUGUGGACUCCGAGUUGACCUCAGAAGACGUGGAUGAGCUCUACCUGAUAGACCACGAUGAGAUAAUGUCUCGGUUAACACUAAAGCAAGAGAACGAUGACGGCCCUGACGUCAGAGCUGGAUCAGGCGAUAUUUUAUUAGUUCAUGCCACCGAAACAGAUCGCAAAGAUCGGGUUUUAUACUGUGAAGCUUUUUUGACCACAUACCGAACGUUUCUAACCCCAGAGGACCUAAUUAAAAAGCUCCGCCAUAGAUUUACCAGAUUUUCUCUCAGCUCUGACAUUAUCAAACAACGAGCUAGUAAAAACACAUUCUUCGUGCUGGUGCGCGUCGUGGAUGAGCUUUGUUUGGUGGAGCUGACAGAAGACAUCCUGAAGCAGCUCAUGGAGCUUGUGUUCAAUCUGUUGUGUAACGGUGAGCUCACCCUGGCCCGGGUUCUGCGCAAGAACAUCCUAGAUAAAGUCCAGCAGAAGAAGUUGCUGCAGUACACUAAUUCCCUCAAAACGCUGGCUGCACGAGGUGUGGCCGCCAGGCCCGGCACUCUGCACGACUUCCGUAGCCAUGAGAUUGCAGACCAGCUGACUCUCCUCGAUGCAGAGCUGUUUUAUAAGAUAGAGAUUCCAGAGGUGUUACUUUGGGCAAAGGAACAGAAUGAGGAAAAGAGCCCCAAUCUGACCCAGUUCACAGAGCACUUCAACAACAUGUCAUACUGGGUUCGCUCCUUAAUAAUCCAGCAAGAGAAACCCCAGGAUCGGGAAAAACUACUUCUAAAGUUUAUAAAAAUAAUGAAGCACUUAAGAAAACUCAAUAACUUCAACUCCUACUUGGCAAUAUUAUCAGCGCUGGAUUCGGCGCCUAUCAGAAGACUGGAAUGGCAGAAGCAAACAUCGGAGGGUUUGGAGGAAUAUUGCACUUUAAUUGACAGUUCCUCCUCCUUCCGGGCGUACAGAGCAGCUUUGGCAGAUGUGGAGCCUCCAUGUAUACCGUAUCUAGGUCUCAUCCUCCAAGACCUAACUUUUGUGCAUCUUGGGAAUCCUGACCUCAUUGAUGGAAAGAUCAACUUUUCCAAACGCUGGCAGCAGUUCAAUAUCCUGGACACUAUGAGGCGCUUCCAGCAAGUGCACUAUGACCUUAAACACAACGAUGACAUUGUGUCAUUCUUCAACGACUUCAGUGACCAUCUAGCUGAAGAGGCAUUGUGGGAGCUCUCUUUGAAGAUCAAGCCUCGCAACAUCACUCGCCGGAAAACAGAACGAGAGGAAAGGACGUAGCUUGCUCGGCUAGAACAACAAACUGCUUUUAAAAGCCACUCUCCUCUGAAGUUGCAAGACACAGCAAUCACAAGUUUAGCAGCUACGAGACUGGAAACGAUACUGUAUUUCUGUUACAGUUUACUGAAACCCUUUUUAUUUAUUUUUUUUUGCAAAAAAAACGUGAUUCGAUUUUAUUUUGUAAUUGCACUGCGUCUGAAUUUGUGUGUAAAUUUGAAGUGGAACAGUGGCAAGUGAGAAGACCGAAAACAUGACUCUGAUAUGUUUGAGAUCAUAACCUGGGAUUUGUGGUGAUAUUCCAUGACCGUCUCGCCAUCUGGAUGUUUGCGGUGCAAUCUAGAAAAACAACUGCGACUCCAACUGCAAACUGAUACCAUGAUGCCUCAGUGGGCACUUUGGAUGUGGAAGUUCCUUGAAGACUGAUAUUUUUAUUUAUUUAUUUUGUAUGUUACAAAUGCACAUAAAGACUCUUUGGGUUUAGGGGGAUUGCUGUAAAUUCAGCUGCUGGAUUGAACAGCUUGAAGCAUGUAUGAUAAUAGGUCAUUAUGAGGAGACACAGUCUCAGUAAUUAAUAGCACUCAUUAGGAUUUUGUUUCUUAUUUUCUGCAAGAUUAACACAGUAUCCAGCUGAACUCAAAAAGGAGCUUUUCUGGAUUUGAAAUUUCGAAUUCGAAAUUUUGUUACUAAAAUUCUUUAAGCAAGAGUGUGCCAAUUUUAAUGUGCAUCAAGUUCCCGUUUGAAAUAAUUCCGAUAAUUCAGACUCUUUAUCCCACGAUUUGGACUUUCUCACAGUUCUGAGAAAAUAAAAAAAAAGUCAGA